GCAACCCAGAGUGCGAAGCAGACGCCAUAGAAUCGCCGAAAACAAAUUGGAUUUACACGCCGCCGAAACUAACUAAAGCAGAACCACUGAAAUGGGCAAGGAAAAGGCUGCCAAAUCGUACAACAUUGGCGACCUGGUGUUCGCCAAGGUAAAGGGAUACCCGCCGUGGCCGGCGAAGAUCACCAAGAGCAACAACAAUAAGAAGUACAAUGUUUACUUUUACGGAACUGGGGAGACGGCCAAUAUCAAGGUGGAGGAUCUGUUCCGGUACGCGGAAAACAAGGAGCGGUUCGCCACCGAGAAGAUCAUGAAGCGGGCCAAGUUCAUCGAGGCCAUUGAGCAGAUUGAAAGCGCCCUGCGCGGUGAGGACUCAGCGCCCAUCGAUUUGCCCGGCGCCGAGGUGACAGUUCCUCCGACAGCCGCAGACUCCGUCGGGAAAGCGGAGUCUAAGCAGGAGGACCCCGCCGCUGCAAAGGAGCAAACUGUGGAAGCUGCCGUAGAGAAACCCAAAAAGAGCGUUAACCGGAAGCCGAAGGCACCACCGCGCCAUGUGGACGGCGACAGCGAAGAGGGAGCUGAGGCCAGCGGCGGCACAUCUUCCUCCGCGGAUUUGGCCCCUCCCGCCAAGCGACGUGUCCCUGCCGAGGGUUUGAGUGCCGCUCCAGCCAAUGCUGCUCCCGCUACAACGGCCACUACGUCCGGCAAGAAAUCUGUAAAGAAAUCAAAGCCUACGGCUGCAGUUACUCCUAUCCAGAAGCGGUCAAGGCCUAUCUAUAACAUUCGGAACGAUCUGCUCAUGGUGUACAUGCCCACUGCCAAAUGUGUGGGCAUCGACAUCAACUACAACAAGCCGGAAGUCUUUGAGAGCCCUGCUGCCGAGGCGGCGUGGGUGGAAAAGGCUCGGAAGGAGGCAAUGGAAAUAAAGUUAAAGCUGGAGAGCGGGCAAAUGGAGCCAGAGGCCAUGCCCGAGAGGAUAGUGGUGGAACCAUCGCGCACUGAGAUCCCCAAGCAGGAGGCGUUGCGGUUCAUCGAGGAGCUGAUCGAGCACGAGGACGCUCUGUUCAUGGAGCGCGACUUCAUCCAGCUCUCCCAGCAGCUGCGCGAGUGCUUGGGACUGCGGCGGGCUAAUGUGGGCAAGUGUAUUGAGAUCCUUGAGCAGUUCAAGGAGGUGGAGCUCACCAAGCUUAUGCUGCUGCGCAACCCGGAGUGCGUGGACAUCAUGCGAAGACUUCGUCGGUACGUGGGCAACCUGGAGCUCUGGAAGAUGGAGCUUUCCGACGAGGCGGAUUUUAAGGAGAAGGCGCUGACCAUCCGCCAGGUGUCCUCUACAAUUUUCGACGGCUUCAAGAAGCUCUUCAACACGGAGCCCGAGAUCGAGGACAACUUUUGGAUUGACUUCUGUGAAAAGGUCAAGAUCUACAAGACCUACACGAAAAACAUGAACGAGAACCUUCGCGUCGGAUUGAACGAGCGUAGCUACAACAAUUUGGUAAUGGCCAAAGAGAGCGCCGCCACCGCCGUUCCGCAAUAGAUGAUCAGUGUUUAAUAACCAGCUCCGCUGGCUUGAUUGUACCAUAAGUUACUACUAAGCGUUGAGAACCGGACGAAUGUGAAGACCCCGCUCUGGAUGACAAAGUUUCGUAAAGCCGAGUGCUAUUGCUUAUUUUUUAAGACUAAAGUUCAUUUAUCUCCCCAUGAAACCUUAAACCCCACAUCCCGUGUGCAUACUAGGUGCAUAUCCGUGCAGCUUACCAGUUGGUGAUCAGCCUCCUGCGCACCCGCUUAAUAUUAAUAUUAUUCCCAGAUAUACAAUUUUUCAGACCCGUACAUAAUUACUAAGUGUGUAGAUGUUUUGACUAUUAUUGAAUUAAAUAUAGAAGGUACAUUAUCCCA